GGGAGGGGGCGGGUGGGGAAGGAUCGUCGGCGAGAUCCUGAGGCGAGGCGAGGCGAGGCUCGCGUGCCCGCCCCCGCCCUGGCCCGCUGCUCCCACCCGGUCGGCCCGGCUCAGCCAUGAUCAAGGCGAUCCUCAUCUUUAACAACCACGGGAAGCCGCGGCUCUCCAAGUUCUACCAGCCCUACAGUGAAGAUACACAGCAGCAGAUCAUCAGGGAGACAUUCCAUUUGGUAUCUAAGAGAGAUGAAAAUGUUUGUAAUUUCCUAGAAGGAGGAUUAUUAAUUGGAGGAUCUGACAACAAACUGAUUUAUAGACAUUAUGCAACAUUAUAUUUUGUCUUCUGUGUGGAUUCUUCAGAAAGUGAACUUGGCAUUUUAGAUCUAAUUCAAGUAUUUGUGGAAACUUUAGACAAGUGUUUUGAAAACGUCUGUGAACUGGAUUUAAUUUUCCAUGUAGAUAAGGUUCACAAUAUUCUUGCAGAAAUGGUGAUGGGGGGAAUGGUACUGGAGACCAACAUGAAUGAGAUUGUUACACAAAUUGAUGCACAAAAUAAACUGGAGAAAUCUGAGGCUGGCUUAGCAGGAGCUCCAGCCCGUGCUGUAUCAGCUGUAAAGAAUAUGAAUCUUCCUGAGAUCCCAAGAAAUAUUAACAUUGGUGACAUCAGUAUAAAAGUGCCAAACCUGCCCUCUUUUAAAUAAAAAAUUUAAAAGGCCACUCCCAGGUAAAAUCCAGGGGGAAAAGUCAUCUAAGUUUACCAUGCAGUUGUUUACCAAAAAUAGAGGAGGAGAGUCUUAACUUUUGCUCUUGGAUUUAAGUCAAGGUACUGUAUAGAAGUUAUGUAAAAUCAGUAUGAAAGUUCAAUGUUGCUUUUCUUGCUCAGUGAUUUUGAAGAAAUUGAGUAGUUUCAGUGUGAUUUUUUUCUUUAUUUUCUAAACUGCAUUCCUAUGGCCACCUAAGGCAUGCCUCUGUGUAUGGGCUACUACAGUAUUUUGAAAAGUGUUUGGGACAUUUCUUUAAAUUAUGUACAACCCAAAAUGUUGGUGUUUUGUAUGGAUCACAAGUGCAGCAUUCCUUAAUUCCUUCUGUUAUUUGUCACAAUUGUUAUUUAAAGAACAAAGUAUGUAUUGCAUGAAAACAUUAUGACCUUUUUCUCUUAGUUUAAAUAAACUCCAAGGUAACUGGACUUCUAAAGCACCGUUCUGUUUGCCUGAUACCUACUUUAGCAAUAAUUUUUUUUACAACCCUCUGACUCAACAAAGUAAAUAAAAGUAUAUUUUAUCACUGUU